CCUUUGUUUUAUGCAGCGGCUGUAGCCGGUCGCGCUGUCGGAACUCGGAACAAGGAAGAGAGUGUUAUACCUUGUUCCGUCAUCAGGACGAGGCUUUGAAGGGGGGCUGAAAGAAACGACAUGGUCAAGCAGAAAGAAACCGCAACGGGGGUCUGCUACCUCCUCUUCUUCAUCCUUCUUCAUCAUUUAACACCGUCAGUCUCGUCGUUUUCAUCACAUCUCGAUGGUGGUCGUGCUCCUCUCCUCCGGGGCCCGAAGCCUGAUCCUUCUAACGCAGCUGCCACCGCGCGCUGGCUCGCGGCCGAGAACGAUUGGGGCGUCCUGAGUACUAUUUCAAGGGAACUAGGAGGAGCUCCGUUUGGGAACGUAGUUUCAUUUAGUGAUGGAUUACCUGGAAAUGGGCAUGGAAUCCCUUAUUUCUACUUGACAACUCUUGAUCCUACUGCAAGAAAUGCCUUGAAAGAUGCACGAUCUUCACUUACAAUCAGUGAAUUCCCUCUUGGAACAUGUGGUCAGAGAGAUCCAGAGAACCCUACUUGUUCAAAGCUUACUCUUACAGGAAAGCUUAAGUUGAUCGAUUCAUUAUCUAAAGAAGCAGAACUUGCAAAGCAAGCUUUGUUUUCAAAGCAUAGUGAAAUGAAAAGUUGGCCUGCGGAUCACAACUUCCAGAUAUUCACGCUGGAGAUCGAAGAUAUAUUUUUGAUCGAUUGGUUUGGUGGCCCAAAGCCUUUACCUGUGGCUGACUAUCUAAACCAAAAAGUGUACCAGCGUUCUGCAGUAUCAAAGCUGUAAAAAAAAAAAAGUGGGAUCUAUAUAGUGCUGUUCAUAUUUGUAUAGACCACAAUCUGGUUGUAACUUGUGUAUGUCGAAUGUAUAAACCUUCUAUCAUCGAUUGACUGGUAUAAAUUUUUAUAGAAAUGUCAUCCUGAAAUUCAACUUUUAAAUAUUAAA